AUGGCACUGUAUGCUCUCUUCGAAGGUGCAAUUCCCGGAACAUUGUCAUAUGCAAUCAUCUUCCUCCUCCCGGUACUCUACAUUGGCUAUUCACUUUACUUGCAUCCACUUGCCCACAUCCCAGGUCCCUUCCUAGCAAAACUAUUCCCAGUCCCGCUGUGGAUCCUCACAUACAGAGGAAUCGAGGCGAGCACACUGACGGCAGAACAUGAGAAACGAGGCCCCGUGAUUCGCAUCGCUCCAAAUGAAGUCUCGGUCUCAGACGGCGCUGCCCUGGCACCGAUAUACAUAUCGAAAGGCGGCUUCAAGAAGUCCGAGAACUACACAAACUUCCACAUCGAAGGCCACCCAACCCUCUUCUCCGCCCUCGACAUGGACCACCGCGCCCUCCGCGCCAAAGCCGUCCUGCCCAUGUUCUCCACAUCUUCCAUCCGCAAACACGGCUGGCACACCCUCAAAGCCGCCGCAUCCCAAUGGGCCGACGUCCUCGAAUCCGCGAAACACUCCUCCUCCUCCUCCUCCUCCUCCUCCUCCUCUUCGCCCCGCCGCAUCAACAUCCUCUGCUCCGCCCGCGCCCUCGCCCUCGACUCCCUCUCCGCCUACCUCUUCGGCCGCCGCUACGGCGCCCUCGACGAACUCCUGUCCGCACCCCAAGACACCCCAGACCCCUCCUUCACCGCCGACGCCUUCGUAAACGCCUUCGUCGCCUUCGGCCGCUUCUUCAACCUCCCGCCCCCCCUCUUCCACCUCGCCGAGUCCCUCGCCGCACACACCUCCUUCACGCCCCAAAUCCACGCCAGCAUCGCAGACGUCGACGCCUACGCCGCCUCCAUUGUCGCGGACGCCGCCGGAGCCAACACUGCCAAACCAUCCGGUUCCGACCCUCAGUCCGAAGCCGGAGAAGAAGAAGAGGAAGAAGAAGAAGAAGAAGAAGAAGAAGGAAACACGUACCAAGCCCGCCUUCUACGCGCAGGUAUCUCGCCCGCCGAAGCCGCAGCCCAAUGCAAGGAUCUCAUCUUCGCGGGCACGGACUCGACAGGCAUGAAUCUCGCUACCAUCGUAUUUCACCUCGUGCGGAAUCCGGCCGUGUAUGCGCGGUUGCGCGCCGAGGUGCUUGCUAUGCCCGAUGAUGACGAUGACGAUGAGGGUGCCGAUCUCAUGGCCCUCCCGUAUCUCUCCGCCGUCGUAAAAGAGGGUCUACGCAUCAGCAUGGCGAAUCCCACACGUCUACCGCGCGUCGUACCGGUCGGAGGCGUGACGCUUCCGAGCGGACACUUCCUCCCUGCCGGCUCGAUUGUCGGGAUCGGAGCACAUGCGCUGCAUAUGAAUGCGCGGACGUUUGGGGAUCCGGAGCGGUUUUGGCCGGAGCGGUGGCUUGGAGACGGCGGCGGCGGUGGGAAUGCGGAGAUGAUGGGGCGGGAUAGUGUUGCGUUUGGGAGGGGGGGUCGGGCGUGUGUGGCGCGGAAUCUGGCGGGGGUGGAGUUGUAUUUGGGGGUGGAGCGGGUGGUGAGACGGGGGGUGUUGGAGGGGGCGAGGGCGGUGGGGGAGAGGGUGAGGGUGUUGGAGUGGUUUAAUGCGAGGGUUGUGGGGGAGAGGAUUGAUGUUGUUUGGGGUGCGUGA